AAACAUGGCAGCUGCAUCAAGUCCAGCGGUCUCCGACCAGGCAGGCAAAGUACCACAGUCGGGAGUAAUUCCAUUUGACAUUUCCCAGCCUCCAACUAUCGAAGGGUUUAUCCCUUUGCCGAAACUGACCGAAGAGACGUUCAAAGAAAAGUUCAUUAGAAAAACGAAGGAGAACCCCUUUGUCCCUGUAGGUUGCUUGGGAACCGCAGGAUUUUUGCUUUAUGGUCUCCGCGCCUUCAAGCAAGGCAAAACCCGGCAGUCCCAACUGCUGAUGCGAGGGCGUAUAUUUGCUCAAGGCUUCACUGUCGUUGCCAUCAUUGUAGGUGUCGUUACAUCUGCACUGAAAAACAAGCAAUGAAGAU